GUUAUGCAUAACAAAACACCCAUGUGGAAUGACAACAGUCAAGUCUAUCAGUUGGAUUUUGGAGGACGAGUAACUCAAGAAUCUGCUAAAAACUUCCAGAUAGAGUUUGGAGGAAAACAGGUUAUGCAGUUUGGAAGGAUUGAUAAUAAUGCAUACACACUGGACUUCCAAUACCCUUACAGCGCUAUUCAAGCGUUUGCAGUGGCACUUGCUAACGUAACACAAAGAUUG